AUGGGGAGGCACGUCGCUCUUGGCAUCGUGGCAGAGGACGACGAGGCGCGGCGUGUCGCCAGUGCCGCCGCCGAGGCGCAGCAGGAGCCGCGCUUCGCAAAGAACAACGGUCCCUUCGUGGAGGUGUGGUUCGGCAAGAAGAAGCUAUUCGGCCUCAUUGAGUGCGCCGCGCCGAAUGAUUUCAUUCAGGUCGCCUGCGAAGCCGACGAUCAUAAGAGCCACGACAACGGGAGUGCUGCCACCACAACUAACGGUGCGGCGGCUGCGCUGCGUGUCACGGAUAACGUGUCUUUUGUGCUGCGCCUCGCCUCGGUGCCGCACGCGACGCUGCCGGUGCGGGCCCGCCGGGAGGACCCGUUCGUGAACAGCGUCGAUCUCGUCGUUGAGUACGCGGCGUUGCUGCGGCGCGGCAUGCGCGAUGAGUUCGCCGGCGCCGAUGCGGACGCGGAGUACGUGCGCUUCACAGACGCGGCCUGA